UUGAUGUAUAAUCCUCACUUGUGAUGUGGCUUCCCGUGAUUUCUGCAUCUUAAUGGCCAAAACGUGAGAAACUAAAUGAGUUGGAUCUGAUGAGAUGGUUCUUUCAGGUGCUUCAAGACAAAGCAAGUAUGGGCUUAUUUUGCCAAAGAAAGGACAGCAGUUGCACCCUGUUUUGCAAAAACCGUCAGUGUUUGGGAAUGAGUCUGAUGAUGAGGAGGAGGCCUCCGUGAGUGAAAGCCUUCAGAGGGAAGCUGCUAAGAAGCAAGCAAUGAAACAGACCAAACUGGAAAUCCAGAAGGCCCUUGCAGAAGAUUCUACUGUAUAUGAAUAUGAUAGUAUUUAUGAUGAAAUGCAGAAAAAAAAGGAAGAAAGUAAUCCAAAAUUGCUUUUGGGAAAAGACCGAAAGCCCAAGUACAUUCAAAACUUACUAAAAGCAGUUGAGAUCAGAAAAAAGGAACAGGAAAAAAGAAUGGAAAAGAAAAUACAAAGAGAACGAGAAAUGGAAAAGGGAGAAUUUGAUGAUAAAGAGGCAUUUGUAACAUCUGCUUAUAAGAAAAAACUGCAAGAGAGAGCUGAAGAGGAAGAAAGAGAAAGGAGGGCUGCUGCACUUGAAGCACGUUUGGAUGUAACCAAGCAGAGAGAUCUCAGUGGAUUUUAUAGGCACCUAUUAAAUCAAGCAGUUGGUGAAGAGGAAGUACCUACAUGCAGCUUUCGUGAAGCCAGGUCUGGGAUAAAAGAAGAGAAAUCAAAGGAAUAUUCCAAUGAAGUAAGUUCAGAAAACAGAAUACCUCAUGAGAACUGCAUUCACCAAACUGUUGUGAAAGUAGAGGAAAACCCAGAUGCAGACAGUGACUUUGAUGCUAAGAGCAGUGAGGAUGGUGAAACAGAAGAAAAUAAUAAAGUGAACUGCAGAAGGGAAAAAGGCACAGAAACCUUAAAAAAUGACUCCAAGCAUCACAGGAAUCAUACCCACUCAAGGUCAUCUAGUGAAGAAAGAGAGAAUGGUACCAAAUACCACACAAAAAGUUCCAAGUCAAGAGGACACGAGAAAAGGGAAGAUCAGUACCAAGAGAGACAAUCCAGGGAGCAGGACAGCUAUUACACUGACCGUGAUUACAGAAAAGAAAAGAAGGAUUCCCAUAGGCACAGAGAGGCCAGUUACAGAGAUUCACACUGGAAGAGGCAUGAACAAGAAGAUAGACUGAGGGGAAGAGACCAGAGAGAAAGAAAUGAUAGGGAAUGGAAGAGGGGAAAAGACAGGGAGAAAUAUCCCUCAAGAGAACAAGAAAGAGACAGACAACGAAGUGAUUAUAACCGACACAGUGAGAAAGGAGGAGAGAAGGAAGAGAAAAGCAAAGAAAAGGAAGAGCAUAUGAAAGCAAGGAAAGAAAGAUAUGAAAACAGUGAUAAAUACAGAGAUAGAGAAAAACAAGAAGUAAGUGUUCAAUCUUCAGAGAGAAAUCAAGACAGAGAGGAAAGCAGCCCAAAUUCUAGGGCAAAGGAUAGGCUUCUUAACCAGGAAAGAGCCAGUAAAAUGAGAAACAUGGAAAAGGACAAAGAAAGAAACCCAGAGAAACCCUCUAGUUCUGAAACAUCACUGGGGGCAAAACACAGAAUCACAGAGGAAUGUCAAGAGACGGGCAAAGAACAAGAGAGGCCACACGAGACAGUGAACAAGUUUGCAAAGCGGAGCAACGAAGAAACUGUGAUGUCAGCAAGAGACAGAUACUUGGCCCGGCAAAUGGCACGGGUUAAUGCAAAGACAUAUAUUGAGAAAGAAGAUGAUUGAUGACUACCCCAAAAGGAAGACCUGUGGAAGCACAGAAAAUUAUAAUUCCUGGAACAUGCUGUGUGAACACAUAAAGGAGUGUGUUAACAGUGGUUGGGAGGGUAUUUUAAAAUAUAUUUUCAAAAUUCAUUUUUGGUUUAGAUUUAAGUCAGAAAUUAGUCGUUUUAUCUUGACUAUAGUAUUUACUCAUCAAUGCCACAUUCUUGGUUGUAUUCAAGCAACCUAAAGAGAGUGCUGAAUCCCUGUAGGUACUUAAUGAGGAAAAUUGGCUCCAGUACAACCAUUAAAAAAUAAAUAACUCUUCUGAUGUUGCUUUUGUUGCAGGAGGUGUUUGUUUUGUAAAUAUUGUGUUUCAGAUAAAAAUAAUGGAUUUGAACGGAGAAUAUUGUUUUACUUUAUGUUCUAAAAUUUGUAUUAAAGUGUAAAAUAUAGAUCACGUCUUGCCUAAGCUUUUUAGCUCACAACAUACUUGGCUUAAAUGAAAAUAAAAAUAGUGAUGUUUGUACAUUUAA